CUAGCUAGCAAGCUAACUGUACAAGACGUAAAAUUGGUAUUACUUGUGUGUGAUCUGUGCUAACGGUCAGUAUUUUUGUUCCCCAAAGCGUGACUUUCUGGGCAGCAGCAACUGGAGAUCCCUUGAAUGUGAAUGACAAGUUAGCUAAUUGCACCAACAUGCUCUUCACGAUACUCGCUAACAGAGUGGGCAGGCUGAACAGAGUGACUGCAUGGCAGAAGUUGUCUGCUGCUCUGAAUAAGCAAGAAUACCCGCACUUUUACGGCACUUCAGUAACACUAAAAAAGAGUCAGUCUUUUAACUAUGUCAUCGUCGGGGCUGGCUCUGCUGGGUGUGUGCUUGCCAACCGGCUAUCGGAGAAUGUGGAUGACACCGUGCUUCUCCUGGAAGCUGGCCCUAAGGACAUGGUUCUGAACAGCAUACGUCUGUCAUGGAAGAUCCACAUGCCCGCAGCACUGGUGUACAACCUUUGUGACGACAAGUACAACUGGUUUUAUCACACCAGGCCCCAGAAGCACAUGGACGGGCGGGUGAUGUAUUGGCCACGCGGUCGGGUGUGGGGCGGGUCGUCCUCCCUGAACGCCAUGGUCUACAUCCGAGGCCAUGCUGAGGACUACAAUCGCUGGCAGCGAGAGGGUGCUGUUGGCUGGGACUACGACCACUGCUUGCCAUAUUUCAGGAAGGCCCAGACACAUGAGCUGGGGGCCAACCGGUACCGAGGAGGGAGCGGGCCACUACAUGUGUCACGGGGAAAGACAAACCACCCGCUGCACCGUGCCUUCAUUGAGGCAGGUGAGCAGGCCGGGUACCCCUUCACAGAUGACAUGAACGGCUACCAGCAGGAGGGGCUUGGAUGGAUGGACAUGACCAUCCACAAAGGUAAGAGAUGGAGCACUGCCAGCGCCUACCUGCGCCCCGCUAUGUCCAGGCCCAACCUGAAGACAGAGGUCCGCUGCUUGACCACUAAGGUCCUGUUUGAGGGGACUAAAGCCGUGGGAGUGGAGUACAUACAGAACGGAGAGAAGAAGAAGGUGUACGCAGUCAAAGAGGUCAUACUUAGUGGCGGUGCCAUCAACUCACCACAGUUACUGAUGCUCUCUGGGAUCGGAAAUGGAGACGACCUCAAAAAACUGGACAUACCCGUGGUGUCACAUCUCCCAGGGGUGGGCAGUAAUCUUCAGGAUCACCUCGAGCUCUAUGUACAGCAAGAGUGCACUCAGCCUAUCACUCUCUACAAAGCCCAGCAACCUUUCCACAUGAUCAAGAUCGGCCUGGAAUGGCUUCUCAAAUACACAGGAUAUGGUGCCACCGCACACUUGGAGAGCGGGGGUUUCAUUCGGAGUUGCCCAGGGGUCACUCACCCAGACAUCCAGUUUCACUUUUUGCCUUCCCAGGUCAUAGAUCAUGGGCGGGUCAACCCAAAAAUAGAAGCCUACCAAGUUCAUGUUGGACCAAUGAGAAGCACCAGUACAGGAUGGUUAAAACUCCAGAGUAAAAAUCCCCAGGAACACCCAAUCAUUGAGCCCAACUACUUGUCCACAGAUAUGGAUGUGUGGGAGUUUAGGCAAUGCGUGAAACUCUCAAGGGAAAUCUUUGCCCAGAGGGCAUUUGAUGAGUUCCGAGGCCGGGAAGUGCAGCCCGGGAGCCAUGUCCAGUCAGACAAGGAGAUCGAUGCCUUUGUGAGACAGAAGGCAGACAGCGCAUACCACCCAUCCUGCACGUGCAAGAUGGGCCAGCCCUCAGACCCCAUGGCAGUGGUGGACCCAGAGACUCGGGUUCUAGGGGUAGAGAACCUGCGUGUGGUGGAUGCCUCCAUCAUGCCCAGCGUGGUGAGUGGGAAUCUGAAUGCCCCCACUAUCAUGAUGGCGGAGAAGGCUGCCGACAUCAUCAAGGGCCUCCCUCCUCUACGGGACCACAAUGUCCCAGUGUACCAGCCUCCAACCCUGGAGACUCAGCGAUGAGACCCAGCACAGGCCACCCACUUUGGAAACCUCUGAACUCUAAGACCAACCUAUGACCUCUACAGAUCUUAACAGGCUGUCCUUCUUGGGGAUUCAGGGAUCUGUAGACAUGCCACAAAAGGAGAAAAGGGAUCAACUAAACUAAUA